CCUCUCGCUGCUGCUCCUCUCGCAUUCUGCCUCGCUUCCUUUUCUCUCUUUUUUUCCCGUUUUUUUUUCCGGGCUCCCAUCCCUUUCCGCGUCCCGGCUUCCCCUCCGCCCCGCUCCUUUUGCUGCCCCGAGCCCCGCGGCCCCGCCUCCGGAUUCCCUCCGGGUUCUGCUCCGGCGGUUGGAUCUCGCCGCAGCUGCGCCCUGCCUUUGAAGCAGAGAAGGUGCUCAUAUUUAUUCUCCAUCGAUUGGACUGCUUCAAGUACUGUUUGUUGCCAGUGCAUUGUGGGAGUCGAUGGUACUAUACGAGGUCACAUGAAAGUCCCACCUAUCAGUUUGGACAGCAUUGCAAUAAGUAGCUGGUCAGAUACACCACAAUUUUUUCAUAUUCAAUAUGCCGCCAUGGUGGGGUAAGUCAUCCUCAAAAGAUGUUAAGAAAACCACCAGAGAAAACCUGCUUGAUACAUUUCAUCGUUUGAUAAGUCCUAAUGAGCAAAAGGGAAGCACAAAAUCAAAACGGAAUUGCAGACGUGGAAAUAAUACAGCUGUUGAGAAAGUUUGCAAAUCAACAACAGUGUCACGUCCAACUUCACCAUCAAAAGAAGUUUCUCGCUGCCAAAGUUUUUCGGUUGACAGGCCACAUGCCCAGCCACUUCCUAUUCCUGGAGGAUGCCCUCGAGCAACGCGUACAGUUUCUGAUGUCAUUGAAUCAAAGCCCAUAUUGGAAAAGCGCGGCAAACCACCCCUGUUUCUGCCGCUUCCUAAACCUGAUCUGCUUCACAAAAGGCCUGGAAACAGUGAGAUUGCUUCAGAAAUAGUGGUUGCUUCUGUCUCGAGCAACUGUUCUGCUGAUAGUGAGGAUCAUGCCGAUUCUCAGCUUCAGAGUCCCGUUGGGAAUGACAUUGAAAAUACAACAAAGAUUUCUUCAAAAAACAAGUCAAGUAAUGUUCGCAAGGAGCACCCUGGUACCGAUACUACCAAGAUCAAGAAGGAAACGUCCAAGCCAGUUGCUAAUGCUUUCCUCAAUAACCAUACAAUGUCCACAUCACCAAGAGGUAUUGCAGCUGAAAAUAAUCAACCAAAUGUACAAAACCUCCGUCCGGUGGUUUUGGAGAGUGCUCCCAAUAGUUUGAUGUCAAGUCCUUCAAGAAGUCCAAGACGGAUAUGCCCUGAUCACAUUCCAACUACAGCCUUUUGGGCAGUGAAGCCACAUGCAGAUGUAACUUUCCUUGGAUCUGGUCAGUGCUCCAGUCCAGGCUCAGGGCAAACAUCUGGACAUAAUUCAGUUGGCGGUGAUAUGCUUGCCCAGCUGUUUUGGCAGCCCAGCAGGGGUAGUCCAGAGUGUUCGCCAAUUCCUAGCCCAAGAAUGACAAGUCCUGGCCCUAGUUCUCGUGUGCAUAGUGGAAGUGUUUCCCCAUUGCAUCCAAGGUCUGGAGGAGUGGCACCUGAAUCUCCUACAAGUCGGCAUAAUGAUGGAAAGAAGAAGCAAACCCAUAAAUUGCCCCUUCCACCAUUGAGCAUCUCGAACAGUUCAUUUUUUCCCAACAACUCCACGCCAACUAGUCCUAUUUCAGUACCCCGGAGCCCUGGAAGAACAGAGAAUCCAUCAAGUCCAGCAUCACGAUGGAAGAAGGGCAAGCUGAUUGGUCGUGGGACAUUUGGUCAUGUAUAUGUUGGCUUCAACAGUGAUAGCGGCGAAAUGUGUGCGAUGAAAGAGGUUACCCUAUUCUUGGACGAUCCUAAAUCGAAGGAGAGUGCAAAACAAUUGGGGCAGGAAAUAUCACUCUUGAGCCGCUUACAGCAUCCAAAUAUUGUACAAUACUAUGGAUCAGAAGCGGUUGAUGAUAAACUUUACAUAUACUUGGAGUAUGUGUCUGGUGGAUCCAUACAUAAACUUCUACAAGAGUAUGGACAGCUUGGUGAACCAGCAAUACGCAGCUACACUCAUCAGAUACUUUCAGGCUUAGCAUAUUUGCAUGCUAAGAAUACAGUCCACAGGGACAUCAAAGGUGCAAACAUACUAGUAGAUCCAAGUGGCCGUGUUAAGCUUGCAGACUUUGGGAUGGCGAAACAUAUCAACGGGCAGCAUUGUCCUUUCUCAUUUAAGGGAAGUCCAUACUGGAUGGCUCCAGAGGUUAUAAAAAAUUCUAAUGGAUGCAACCUUGCUGUUGACAUAUGGAGUUUAGGAUGCACUGUCCUAGAAAUGGCUACCUCAAAGCCACCAUGGAGCCAGUAUGAAGGGAUUGCUGCAGUGUUCAAGAUUGGGAACAGCAAGGAACUUCCACCAAUACCAGAUCACCUUUCAGAGCGUUGCAAGGACUUCAUUAGGAAGUGCCUGCAGCGUGACCCAUCUCAACGUCCAACAUCAGCUGAGCUUUUGCAACAUCCAUUCAUACAAAAUGGAAUUUCACUUGAGAAAUUUGUUGCUCCUAAUCCUUUGGAACAUUUGGCUGCCAUAUCCUGUAGACCAAAACCCAAGGUGUCCAUGCAGACAAGAAAUACCUCCUUAGGUUUGGAGGGUCAGACAAUUUACCAGAGAAGGGGUGCGAAACUAUCGUCAAAACACAGUGAUAUCCAUAUAAGAAGCAACAUAUCCUGUCCAGUUUCUCCAUGUGGAAGCCCCCUGCUAAAGUCGAGGUCUCCCCAACACACAAGUGGCAGAAUGUCACCCUCUCCUAUUUCGAGCCCUAGAACUACUUCAGGCACUUCCACACCCCUAUCUGGUGGUAAUGGUGCUAUUCCAUUCAACCACCUAAGGUAUGCAACCUACAGCAGCGAGGGAUUUGGGACAUCUAGAGGCCCAGAUGAUCUCUUCCCCAACCGGCAUAAAGAUCCUAUCCUUGGGCAAUUCACUCAGUCACAUCAAGUCUCACAGGGACCUCGGGAAAGAGUAGUAUCUGAAGCUGAUAUUCUGAGCCCUCAAUUUGGAAAGAGACUUGGGAAUGUUUUUGAUUUGCGUGAAAGGCUGUCCCCUUCUGAACAUUUUACUCGUCAUGCCUUUAUUGAUCAUGUGGAGCUAAAUCCUUCACUUAACCUAACAUCUGGCUCUCACCUUGGAAAGCAUGGUAAAUAACUAUUGAGUGUAAAAAGCAGGGUGGCAUUUUUUGGAGUUUGUUAUGGUAACUGGUGGUUUUUGGCUGCUAUGACCAUUCAAUUACUGGAAUUGUAUCAUAGUAUCAGAAUUCAGAAAGAUUGACAAUUUCUUUAUAAGCCAAUGGAUGGCAUCGUUGUUGUCAUCAAUGCAAUUCAAGUCAACAAAGCUGCUGGGGCCAUGUCUGGUGUCAAAGCAACAUAGUUCUAAACGUUUUCUCCUUGGCUUAUGCCGCCCAUUCCUAUCAGGCCAAACAACUUGCCUUAGCAUACUACUACCAGCAUGCUAACAAGUGUCAAUGAUGGGACUGUAUAUUAGAUUCCCAGACUGAAUCACUGAAGGACCCAAAGCAGUAACUCACCAUUUGUAUACCCCUCACCCUAAUAUGUAGCCUAUUUUUUCCUAUUUUUUUUCUUGGCAUCCUGAUGCCAAUGUAUAGAAAUCUCAACGAAGAGCCUAGAUUUUGCACAGGUAAAACAGUUGAGCUAUUCAGCAAUCAGUCUCCCCCCCCCCCCCCAUCCUUCGGUCCUUCACAGUUACAUAUCUCUCACACGUGGCUGGAGCUGAUGCAGCUAGUCUGACUUAGCACUGAUAAAUGUAUUUUGUAGCGGUACUUAACUAUAACUAAUGAGCCAUUUCAUUCACUGCACGCCUGUACAAUCAUCUACUCCGAAUGUAUACAAAGAAUCUGGUCCCGAACUAAAUGCAUGUAGUCAUAAUGUUAAUAUGCAA